AAGUCAAGAGCUUUUUAUACUGCAUGACGUCAUUUUACUACAUUCUGACCAAUCAACAGCUGCCAAGUUAGUAUAGGGUCACGUGAUUCACGGGGACUAGUGACACGUUAUCGUGUGACGUCAUGCCGUCGCAGUAGCAGAGUUCACGACAUUUUUGGUGCAUUUGCGACGAUAUUCUCGGGCCCGGCUUUUGUGUGGAUGGUUCUCAAAAUCGAAAAAGCUAUUUUUAAACAUAUAUUACUGAAUCAAGAUACAGUAAAAACUGCAAAAGCAGUAUAAUUGAAAUUGUAGAAUGUUAAAUACGGUGGUAUUACUGCUGGGUGUGGUCACAGCCGGCCAGUGCCUCUACACAUCCAGGGAUGAUGUUGUCGAGCUGACACCGAGCAACUUCAACAGAGAAGUCAUCGAUAGUGACAGCAUCUGGAUUGUGGAGUUUUAUGCACCAUGGUGUGGUCACUGCAAAAACCUGGUGCCAGAGUACAAAAAGGCUGCCACUGCACUAAAGGGCGUGGUGAAAGUCGGCGCCGUGGACGCCGACCAGCACCAGUCGCUGGCCGGACAGUUCGGCGUGCGCGGCUUCCCCACCAUCAAGGUGUUCAGCGCCAACAAGAAGAAGCCCGAGGAUUACAACGGGGCGCGCUCAGCCCAGGGGCUGACGGAGGCCGGUCUGCGCGCCGCCAAGGACAUGGUGAACGCGCGCAUCGGCGGGAAGUCGAGCGGCGGUGGUAGCGGUGGCGGCGGCGGCGGCGGCGGCGGCGGUGGUAGUGACAAGGACGUGAUCGAGCUGACGGACAGCAACUUCGACAAGAUGGUGAUCGAGUCGGACGAUAUCUGGCUGGUAGAGUUCUUCGCGCCGUGGUGCGGCCACUGCAAGAACCUGGCGCCGCACUGGGCAGAGGCCGCCACCCGGCUCAAGGGCAAGGUGAAGCUGGGAGCGCUGGACGCCACCGCUCACCAGGCCAAGGCCAGCGAGUACGGUGUGCGCGGAUACCCCACCAUCAAGUUCUUCGGCGCCGGCUCCAAGAGCCGCGGCAGCGCCGACGAGUACGACGGCGGCCGGACGGCGGACGACAUCGUCCGCUGGGCAGAGGAGAAGGCGGUCGCCUCGCUGCCGCCACCAGAGAUCAAACAGAUCACGUCUGACAAGGUGCUGAAGGAGGCCUGCGAGGAGCACGGACUGUGCGUGAUCGCCUUCCUGCCGCACAUCCUCGACUGCCAGUCCGAGUGUCGUAACGGCCACCUGUCCGACCUGGGACGGCUCGGCGACCGCUUCAAACAGAAGCAGUGGGGCUGGCUGUGGUCGGAGGCGGUCGCUCAGCCCGAGCUCGAGACGGCCGUCGAUAUCGGCGGCUUCGGCUACCCGGCCAUGGUGGUGGUGAACAAGAAGAAGGGCUCGUUCGCCACGCUGCGCGGACCGUUCAACUUUGACGGCAUCAACGAGUUCCUGCGGGAGCUGUCGUACGGCCGCGGCUCGACGAGCGCCAUCCGCGGCGCCACGCUGCCGGCCGCCGCCGACGUGCCCGCCUGGGACGGCAAGGAUGGCGAGCUGCCGGAGGAGGAGGACAUUGACCUCAGCGACGUCGAGCUCGACGACCUGCCCGAGAAGAAGGACGAGCUCUAGGCGGCAGGCGAGGGCGUGAGCGCCCGGACAGACGCUUGGGCGCCGGGGAUACGCACUGCGCGGGGACGAGUGGGGGCACGAAACGGACAGACAAUCUCAGACGCCUCGCGAUAGUCGCGUGGCGGGUUCUGAGCGGGGACGCGCAGGGGUACAAACUAAGGGCGCGAGCUGUUGACAGACUGAUGCUCAAGGGCGGAGCGCCCCCUGCAUCCGACUCCUUCCCAGUGGGCUCUUCCCAUCGAGAACGACACGCGGCGCGCACGAGCGACUCACAAAAACAUUGUCUCUUUUUGUGCUGUGCAUUUUGUUUAGUUGUGUGUUGAAUUAGUUUUCAACUAAACCAUGGCCAUUAACUGACAUGGCGCGGAGCUGUGGACGGCUUGUUAACGGUUAGAGGUGAUAAUGCAUUCCAUUGUGAUAACUUUUCUGAACUGAAAUUCGCCGGUACGUCAUGCUACAAAUACAGUCAGCCGGGAAAAGA